CUGGGUUUCGUUUGAUCAAACCCUUAAUAUCAAGUUAUCUUCGUUUCUCUUUUCAUUUCCUUUUCAGAUUCAAAACCCUAAACCUACUACUUCUGCGAAUUUAAAUUAAAACCCACAUAUUCUCUCUUCCCCUCUUUUCUCCUGCUUCUGACUACCUUCACCAGUGCUUCGUGGUUUUGAUCGGAAGCCCCAAGGCUUCCGAGUUUUUGGUGCUUGAGCCGCCGGGCUCUUCGGCUGCUCAAGCAUGAUGGAGCCGGCUUCGCGCUCCUUGUUCCGAUGGCUCUUUGUGGCCUAUCCGGCGACCUACCUCUCCUUUCGGCAGAUCUGUGGCGGUGCUUGCUGGGUUCUCCAGAUUUGGCGCCCAUCGCGACCCUCCUGUUGAUUUUCCGAGGGAUGGUCUUCGGUUGCCAGGGUUCUCGUCUCGGCAUCCUGGAGUCUGGCUGCAACCUCUAAAUGGUCCCACCCAAGGCAGCAAGCGGUAAGUUGCUUUCAGACAUCCAUCACAGUUGGUGACAGUUUAACUUCAACAGGGCAACAUGCGGCACCUUGUGCAGUGUUAUAGAUAUAUUAGGAUUCUCAAAGAUUAUGGAUAUAUUUUUGAUUUUGCUGAGUGCAGUGUUUAGUACUU